AUGGCUCCCUCCGACUCCGCCCUCGAAGAGCAAGUGGUCACCGCAGACCUUUGCAACUGGGCCACUGCACUACAAGCCUCCGAUAUCCCCAUCGAUGUGCUCCAACGCGCCAAGCACCUCAUCCUCGAUGGUAUAGCCUGCGGCUUGGUAGGGGCACACGUCCCUUGGUCGGAGAAGUGUCUCGAUGCCAUUGACGACUACGAGCCGGCCGGCUACUGCAGUGUCUUGGACUCCAACAAGAAAUACGGACCCCUCGCCGCCGCCAUCCUCAACGGAGCAUUCAUCCAAGCAGUCGAACUAGACGACUACCACAGCGCCGCCCCGCUGCACUCCGCCAGCGUCAUCCUGCCGGCCCUCUUCGCCGCAGCCGAGGUCCAAUCGCACGGAAGCCGAAAGCAACCCCGACGAAUCGUCUCCGGCCUCGAGUUCCUCAUCGCAGCAGUGGUGGGCUUCGAGACCGGCCCCCGCGCCGGCGCUGCCAUGUACGGGGCCGACCUACUCUCGCGCGGCUGGCACUCGGGCCCAAUCUUCGGCUGCCCCGCCGCCGCAGCCGCGGCCUCAAAGCUCUUGAAUCUUGACACCGCAGCCACCGAGUCGGCGAUCGGCAUCGCGUGCACGCAAGCCGGCGGACUGAUGGCAGCUCAGUACGAGGGAAUGGUCAAGCGAGUGCAGCAUGCGUUCGCGGCGCGCAACGGGCUGUUCGGGGCGCUGCUGGCUCGGAACGGCUACCUGGGCAUCCGGAAGGUGUUCGAACGACCCUAUGGCGGGUUUCUGGCCAUGUUCAGCCAGGGCAACGGCCGCGAGCCACCUUAUAAGCCCGAGGAAGUGACCGCGGGGUUGGGGCAGGUCUGGCAGACGACUAACAUCCGGGUCAAGUUGCAUGCCUGUGUCGGAGGGUGUCACGGGCAGGUCGAGGCGUUGGAGCGGCUGCAGGAGACGUACCCGGAUCGGUUCACCCCGGAGAAUUUGCUGAAUAUCCAGAGUAUCCGCGUGGCGCUUUCUGAGCCGGUCUUUGCGCACGACGGCUGGGUGCCCUCUGAGCGGCCGCUCACGGCCACAGGGGCCCAGAUGAACGCGGCGUACAUCGGGGCGGCGCAGCUGGUGUACGGACAGGUGCUGCUGGACCAGUUUGACACGGCCGCGUUGGACGACGAUCGCGUCUGGGCGUUGAUUGACAAGACGACGUGUGUCCAUAGCGAGGAAUUGGAUCGACCGAAUCAUCUCUGCGGAGCGCGGGUGGUUGUGGAAUUCGCGGAUGGGGUGACGGUGGAGGAGACGGUGGCUAUGCCCCGGGGGUUCGAUCCGCCGAUCACUGACGAGGAGAUUCGCGACAAAUGGCGCAGGCUGGUGCGGACGGUGGGCGAUGAUGCUCGCAUGCAGCGUCUGGAGGAGGCUGUACUCUCGCUGGAGAAUUUGAAGGACGUUUCUGAGGUGUUAGCCUUGAUCCGCGGACGAUUCAGUAUCUGA